AUGCUGGCGUCCCUCUUCGUCCUAGGCACCUUCCCCGCCCUGCUGACGCUGCUGGAGCGCAGAGGCCGGCUGCCGCAGCACACGUACCUCGACUACUCCAUCACUAACCUCCUCGGUGCCGUUGUCAUCGCCGUCGCUUUUGGGCAGGCAGGAGAGAUCCUUAUUGCAAUGGCCGGUGGAGUCACGCUCGGCCUCGGGAACCUCAUCUCGCAGUAUGCAUGGGCGUUUGCCGGCCUGUCAGUGUCCAUAAUCAUCUGCUCAUGCAUGGCUGUUGUUAUAGGAACGACCACGAACUAUUUUCUGGAUGGGCGGAUAAAUCGAGCUGAGAUCCUUUUCCCUGGUGUGGCCUGCUUCCUCGUCGCAGUCUUCCUCGGUACAGCUGUCCACUGUUCAAAUGCCAGGGAUAAUCAGGAGAAACUAAGAACGGUGGAGAACAGAGGUACUGAGCUUAGCAGCAAUGCCACCGACACUGUCAAGAGAUUAGUAGGGAAGAUGAAUAAAAUUGUUCUCCAGGGAAGGUGCUGCAGGUGGCAGAUCCUGAAACAGGUUCUGGACUCCCACAAGCUGCUGGGCCUGGGCUUGAUCUUCCUUGCCGGCACCUGCUUCGGCACCUUCCUGCCGGCGAUAAACCUGGCCACCGACGACCAGUGCCACGUCCUGCGGGACAGCGUGCCGCACCUGCUGGUCUAUACCGCCUUCUUCUACUUCUCGCUCUCGUGCCUCACGCUCGGUGUCUGCCUCAACAUCUGGUUCCUGUACCGGCCGAUGGCCGGCGUGCCGGCGUCGACCGUCGGAGCCUACCUGAGGGACUGGAACGGCCGGCACUGGGUCCUUUUGUCAGGGACUCAGGGUUGCUCUGCGACUUUGGGAACGGUUUUCAGUUCAUGGGCGGCCAGGGCUGCUGGCUACACGACCGCUGAUGCGGUUCAGGUGCUGCCGCUUGUUAGCACGUUCUGGGGAGUCGUCCUCUUUGGCGAGUACCGGAGAUCGUCCAGGAGAACGUACAUGUUGGCAUGUUGCUUGCCGGCAUGCUGUCCAUGUUCGUCGUCGCAGUUGCGGUUCUCAUUGCUUCGGCAGGGCAUAGGAAGACAUCACCUCCAUCGUCAGAUGCUAAACUCAUUGUUCAACGUCGUCAAGCUCUAUGAAGAACAUCGUGGAUGCGACUAG